AUGGCUAAGUAUAAAAACAACUGUUACUGUUUACGGGAUGUAGCCCCCCUGACUAUGAACCCUGUCACGAUCGAGAAGAAUCAAGACAGGAUAUAUAGCAAUCGGGGACUUGGGGGUUAUUCUUGGCACGUUAAGAAAAAAUCCUUCAGCAAUCGCGCAUGA